AAUAUUAUGGAUAUCAGUGUGGACAGGACAGUCCGUCCUGCCACGCAGAGAUUGUCGUAACAACGUGCAUAUUUAGGAAUAGGAGUAGCAUUAGGUUUGUUUUCUGUAAAAAAUUCUUAUCUGUCGGUACCGACUGUCAAAAAAUCUGUCAUUCAUAAGAUUGUCAUGGUGUGUAAAGGUUGAUUUUGUUUUUAUUGGAUUUUUCAUAUUUUUCCCAAAUAAGGCAUUAUAGAGUAGAAACAUGAAUAGAAUAAUAUUACAACAGUGUCGGUGCUUAAAAAAAUCAACUUAUCUCCUGGAGUCCAGACAAACACAUUUUCAAUAUAUAAAGCAUGCAAGGUCGUUAUCAUAUUAUACAACCCAGCCACUUGGAUCACAAAAUGAUUUCAUCCAAGAACCUUACAGUACAAGAAUGUACCUGUCACCUUAUAUUCGGACAAUAUCCACUAGCAGAUAUUAUUUUGAAAAAGAACCACUUAAACCUUCCUCCAAAGUAGAGGCAACAGUUGAGACGAUAAAGAAAGGAAUUGAAGAAAAAGAAAAACUUCCAAAAAAGGAAGAACCUAAGAAAAAGAGCUUAAAAGAGAGAGUAAUGAAUGAAUUGAGACAUUAUUAUCAUGGAUUCAGACUAUUUUUCAUUGAAAUUAAAAUAUCAACUAAGUUAGUAUUCCAAAUACUAAAAGGUCAUACAUUGACACGAAGGGAACACAGACUUCUAGUGGCCACUAUCGGAGACCUCUUUAGGAUGGUACCAUUUAUUGUGUUUAUAGUUGUGCCAUUCUUGGAAUUUGCAUUACCAAUAUUCUUGAAACUGUUUCCUGGCAUGCUGCCAUCCACUUUUGAGAGUACUAGUCAAAAGGAAGCAAAGUUAAAGCAGCAUUUAAAAGUAAAAUUGGAGAUGGCUAAGUUUUUCCAAGAGACCUUGGACCAGAUGGCCCCACAAGCUAGCAACAGGCAUUCAGAGUUGGCAAAAGAGUUUGCAACCUUUUUCAAAAAAAUCAGAACUUCAGGUGAUGUUGCAACAAGUGAAGAAAUUAUGAAAUUCUCAAAAUUGUUUGAAGACGAAAUCACACUAGAUUCCUUGCAGAGACCACAUCUAGUGGCUUUGUGUAAAGUUCUUAAUGUGACAACGAUAGGUACUAGUGCUAUGUUAAGAUUUAACCUCAAAAUGAAGUUGAGAUCAUUAUCAGCUGAUGAUAAAAUGAUAGCGAAAGAAGGUGUUGACAGUUUGAACUUCAGCGAGUUGCAACAGGCCUGCAGGGCUCGUGGUAUGAGAGCUUAUGGUGUGUCAGAAGAAAGGUUGAAAAAGGAAUUGAGAAACUGGUUAGACUUGUCACUAAAUGAGAAGGUGCCUCCUUCUUUGUUGCUGCUGUCUCGAGCGCUGAUGGUUCCAGAACAUGUACCCACAACAUACAAACUCAAAGCAACAAUUUCUGCCCUGCCUGAACAAGUUGCCAGCCUGACGAAGGCAGCCAUUGGUGAAAAAGAGGGUAAACUUGAUUUCAAGGCUAAAGCUGAAGCCAUCAAAUUAGAGGAAGAGAGAAUCAAAGAGGAAAAGAAAGAGUUGCAAGAAGCAGAGAGAGAGAAAGAGAUAUUGGAAGCUAUGAAGAAGGAGAAAGUGAAAGAUGAACUCGUAGACAGAGCACCUAUUAUUGAAGUUGAAACAGCAAAGGUACUGACAGACCCUGCACCAGUCAUCAAGAUCGAUAUCCCCAAAAAGUCUGAGGAAGGCCUGUCUGGCAAAGACAUUGAAGUCAUAGAGGAUGCUUUAGAAAAAUUAGCUGAACAAAAGAAGUCGUUGCUUCUCGAAAAAGAAAGCAUUCAGGAGCUGAAGACCGAGCUGUCUGAGUACAGUGAGGAUGUGAAGGAGAUGCACGAGAUUGUCAAGAGCAAACAGGCAGACAUCAAACUCACUAAGGGUGCUCGCAGGCUGUACCGCGCAGUGAACAACAUGAUAGCAAAACUGGACACCGUAUUAGUGGAACUGGAGAGUAAAGAGAAAGUACUGAAAACGACCCUCGAACAAACCAAAUCCGAACCGCAAAAAGCCAUGGAGCAACUCAUUCAGAUCGACGAACUCAUGCAUUCCAUUAAAAGUCUUCAGAAAGUGCCGGACGAGGCCAAACUGAAGCUCAUACAAGAUGUGCUCGGAAGGCUGGAUGACGACUUCGAUGGACAGUUGAAGAUUGAUGAUGUUUUGAAGAUGUUAGAAAUAAUCGGCAACGAAAACGUGAAUCUAUCAGAGAAGCAGAUGGCCGAGCUGAUUGAACUGCUGGAUAAAGAGGAGAUCUUGGAAGUGGAGAGCAAGAUCCAGAAAGCGCUUGAUAAAGCUGCUUCAGCCGCUAAGGAGCAGGACAAGUCCACUGAAUCUGUUGGGAAGGGUCUUUUCGACCUGAUCCGUGAAGCGCAGAAGCGACGAGAGAUGAAGAAGGCCGUAGCGAAGUUAGACGAAGAGCCACCGAUCCCCAAAAGCGACGAACUGGCGUCCAAGGCGGAGGGCAAGCGGCCCGAGAGCCACUGAACAUUUAAGCCGCGUUUACACGACUAAAGUAACAUACACUAAGUAACUUUUCUGUCUACUUUGAGCGUUCAAUCAAAAAUCGAAGCGCACUUUAAAUCUAAAACGACUAAGGCUGUCUUUUACAAAGCUACUUUAUCAAACUGCCCUUAUGUUUGUGCCUGUGCUUUGCCCUCACAGGACAUAUUGUACCUAUCAAUUUUUUAUGUAACAAAUUCAAACCAACCUUUAUUUAUGUAUGUAUUAGUCACAAGUGACUUGCAAUAAAUAAAUUAGAAAUCUUAAAGCAGGUACAUGCUUUGAUCAAAGUUUAUUUGGAUGCCUGUUGCCUUUUACCUCUAUAUCUACUUUGACAGAAAUAUUAACCAUAUGUGCGAGUCUAUUAUGAAUUAGCAAGAACGUCAAUGUGUGCGUUUACAUGUGUACCGUUAAUCUCAAAGCUGGUUUUGAGGAAAUUAAACCCUAUCUAAGUCACCUUUGAAUGCUUUUUUACAUAAGCAAAGUCGUCAAAGUUACUUUGUUAGUAUACUUUGAUCGUGUCAACACGGCUUUAGCGAUGAAAUUAUAUGACACGGGUCAAGGAGCUAGCCUUCCAUUCGGUUUGGUCGACUCAAAUCGCUGCCGACGGCAAACUUAGUGGAUUUCAUUAAAUAUAACUGAAACAUCGAUAUAGAAUAUGGUAUACCGUAUGUUCCGUCAUAUAACCUUGUCUUUGGAUAAAAUUUGUCUAUGGUGUCAAAGUUGCAUCUGUCUGUUAUGUUGGUAUAAAGAGAUUAAAUAAAAAAAAAACAAUAACAUAAUACAGAUGAAUUAAGAAUGUUCUGUUGUAAUGCCUAAUUCGAAAUAAGUUUUAUUUUUAAUAGUGUUCAGUCGGAUACUAGUUCCUUGGGAACUCGAAUUAGGAGCAUGAAUUAUGAUUUAUUUUUAUAGGUAUAAUGUUGGAUAAAAAUAUUUCGACCUUUUGAUUUUGUCGGAUACCGCUUUGCCGAUAUUAGAAUGUUCUGUCUAAAGACAUUAGGUAAUGGGACAUUAUUUGUGAACCAUAGGGUACUUAAACUGGAUGUAACCAAACGUCUAUGUACGAACACCCAUUUUAAUGUAGACAGUUAAUUUACGUGUUACCGUAAUGACAAUAAGCAUUUUUUAUAAACAUGUAAUCAAUCUUAUGUAAAUAACUUUGCAUAUUUAAUCUUUCUGCACCGUACAAAGCUUUUUGUUGUGUAUGUAUGGAUUCUCACCGUGAACUGAAUGCUCAUCCAAUGGAUACCAUUAGUAACUAGAAACACAAAUUAAAUUAACCGAGCUUUUUUAAACUAGCUCUUUAUGUUGCGCUGUUGGGUAAAAGGGUCCCCCCUUUUCUAAGCUAAAUUCUUCCGAGGAUCCAAGAUUAUAUAGCUAUUAAUUAUCUACUUAAUCAAGCCCUAUUGUAAAAAUACGUUUUCAUACAUAGAUCCCUAAAAAGUCGAGCUUUGAUGGGUAUUCAGUUUUAAGACGUCUACUGCGACGAGCGCACACAUCUCCCCGUCUCAUUCACAAUGUUGCGUGUGUCAGAAAAAGGAUGGACCCGCAAUGGAUUUGUUUCAUUUCUGUCACACGUAUAAUUUGUGACUGAGACGGAUAGAAUAACGCGCGUACGCCCGCUCCACGAAGCGGACUGUGUUGAUCCUUACAAUUUUAUUUAUUUUUGGUUCUCGAUACAGAGAUUUAUCUUGUUGUUUUUAUGCAUUUCUGUGAUCGCUAUUCAGUUGUAAGUUUAUGUUUCUUUAGAUUUAUGUUAGCACAAAUUGUUCGUGUUAUGUGAAUUGUCUCCUGCAUAAUUUUAUGUCCAUGGAGAUACGAUAAUGAGUACAUAGAGCACUGUAUAUAAUAUAUUUAACAUUGUGUUAAACACAAGGUGAAGGUUAACAUAAUAAAUUAAUUUCAACCAAUUAACGCCUACAACUUUUUUAUAGCAGCAUUUGAUUAUUCAACCCAGUUAUUGCAGUAUUUUGUCGUUUUUUAUUUAUUUAUAUAUUUUAAUGUGACAUUGCAACGUAGUCGUUUAUUUAUUGUUAUCAUAAGUUUUCAUUUUUAUUGUCUUGUUGAUUGCAUGUCGUACCUUAGAGGUUCUAUAUUCUUACCACUGAGUCACAGAUUAUAGCCCCACACACAAUCCUAUAAAAUCAAUAAAAACCUAAUUCAGUCAACAGCUACAAAAUGCACAUCUGAUGAUGUAACUUUUUUUAGUUUUAAUACAAAUAUGUGUAUAUUUUUUUGUAUGUUAUUUACGAAUAUUUAGAGCAAGAAUUAUCUAACUGAAAGUUUAUCUAGUUAUCUAACUGUCAGAUGUGCUAAAAGUUUAAGAUAAUAAAGAAUAAACCAACUGGUAACUUAA